AUGCCGCCGCCGUCAGCAGGAGGUGCUGGAGGUGCUGCUGCGCCUGGCUGUGACCCCUGCCAGGGCGCUCCCCUUAGAGGAGGUGCUGCUGCGCCUGGCUGCUACCCCUGCCAGGGCCCUGCCUCUGGAGGCGAGGGCGGAGCGGUGCCGUGCCAUGCCCGGGCUGAGGCCGUGUGGGCGCACCGUGCACCACUGCCUGCCCUGGACUCAACCAUCCCCACCCUCCCUCCCGAGCAGGAAGAGGUGCUGCUGCGCCUGGCAAGUACCCCAGCAAGGGCGCUCCCCUUAGAAGCCAGAGCGGAGAGGUGCCGAGCCAUGCGCGAGCUGAGGCCGUGUGGGCGCACCGUGCACCACUGCCUGCUGCCCUGCCGCCACGCCUGCCUCUGCGGGGAGUGCGCCCAGCGCUGCUCCGCCUGCCCCGUCUGCCGCUGCCCCAUCGGCGCCCCUGCUUCUGCUGCAGGGGGAGAAGCAGGGGGAGGGGGGUUCGCGCGGCAAUCAGGGGAGCGAAUUCACAUCCGUUUAUACGACGCGUGUGUAGACGCCGGCCUUGUCAGCCCUCUCAAAGACGUGGUUAAGGAUGGGGUAUGGGGAGGCGCAGCAGGCGGAGCAGCAGGGGGAGCGGGGGGAAGCGGAGGGGGAAUUGGGAGCCUGGGGGUGGACGCUCAGGGGUGUCCCAUGGACGUGCGGCGGCUGUUUGCCCUCUUUGACAUUGCGCUGGAUCGUGGGCUCGUCACCCUCAUCUGCCACUACGUGGAGGAGGUGUGCAUGGACGAGGCAGCAGUUUCCAGUGACCCGGUGCUCUCCCUGCUGCUGGACCCCAGGCUUGUGCUCGACUGGGCGCAGAGGACCUUCACCGGGAUAAAAAGAACCCUCAGGGACCUCUACGCCUCUGGUAUCACGGAUCGUCGUAUGGAUGAGGCCACCUGCCUGGCCAUGCGCCUGCAGGGGAUUUCUCAGGUGCUGGCAACACUGCAGGGCCCAGACGACUCCCGGGCGCAGCAGCAGGCGCAGAUGCAGCAGGGAGAGGCGGAGGUGGGGCGAGGGGGGAGCGGCGGAAGCGGGGAGGGGCGCAAGGGGCAUGAAUGGGAGGCUGGGAGGCUGGCGGAAGCGGUUGCACGAGCCUCUCAGGUGAGCAUUGGAGGGUUUAGGGGGGCGGAUGGGGGGAGAGGGGGGAGUGGGGGGAACGGGGGUAAGGAGGGGCGCCAGGGGCAUGAGUGGCAGGCAGGGAGGCUGGCGGAAGCGGUUGCACGAGCAUCCCAGGUGAGAGCAUUCGAAGGGGGAAGAGGGGGAGAACGGGGAAGGGGUGGGAGAGGGGGAGGGGAGGGGGUGGGAGAGGGGAACGGAGGGGCGCAAGGGGGGGAAAGUGGGGGAAAACGGGGAAGGGGUGGGAGAGGGGGAGGGGAGGGGGUGGGAGAGGGGGAGGGGAGGGGGUGGGAGAGGGGAACGGAGGGGCGCAAGGGGUAUGAGUGGGAGGCUGGGCGGCUGGCGGAAGCGGUUGCAAGAGCGUCCCAGGUGAGAGCGUUUGAGGUGGGGGAGGGGGAAGGGGUGAGAGAGACGGGAGGGGUGGGAGAUGGGGGAAAGGGUGGGAGACACGGGAGGGAUGGAAGGAGGGGGGAGGAAGGGCGCAAGGGGCAUGAGUGGGAGACAGGGCCUUUCUCCACCUGUCUCUCUCACUUCCCUCUUCCUCCUCACUUCCCUCUUCCUCCUCACUUCCCUCUUCCUCCUCACUUCCCUCUUCCUCCUCACUUCCCUCUUCCUCCUCACUUCCCUCUUCCUCCUCACUUCCCUCUUCCUCCUCACUUCCCUCUUCCUCCUCACCUCCCUCGUCCUCCUCACUUCCCUCCUCCUCCUCCUCACUUCCCUCUUCCACCUCACUUCCCUCCUCCUCCUCCUCACUUCUCUCUCCCUACUCACUCUUUCUUCCCCUUCCCACCCUCUAUGCCCCGUUUCACUUCUCCUGUCUGCUUGUCUGCCUGCCUGCCUCCCCCUCUCCACCAUGUCUGCCCCUCCUCCCCUUCCCCCCCCUUUCCACCAUGUCUGCCCCUCCUCCCCUUCUCCACAACACAGCAUCUAGACGUGAUGCAGUGGGCUGCCAAAAACCGUUUCUUUGAGGGCCUCCCUCCCCGCCACUCGUCGCACGCUACGUGGCGCUCCGUGAUUCGCCAGAGAAAGCAGGCGGCAAACGAGACGGCCUGGCCGGAGUUCCUUGACGUAUCUGCUGCUGCUGGCGCUGCUGGCACAGUGCUUGGGGCAGGGGCAGGGGGAAGAGGCGGGGGCGUAAGUGGGGGAGGGGGAGGGGGGGGCGGGGGGGCAAAGGAGCAGCAGCAGCAGCAGCAGCAGCAGAAAGGGAAGCUUUUUAUCGAGGAAGCAAUAGAUAGCCUCAGGGAAAGCAGCCGAGAAGGCAGUAAGGAGAGCGCAAGUGUUGCAUCUGAUUCCCCCUCGCUGUUGAGUUGCGACCAGCUUGAUUUGCUGCCUCUCAAACAGCCGGUACCCACCGCACCGCCUGCUGCUUCCGGGAAGUUUCUGCUGCAGGGAGGGAGCCCUGGGUUAGUGGGUGGAGCAGGAGGAGCAGCAGCGGUGGGGUUUCAAUACCCGCCGGAGAAUUUCCGGGCAGCUGUGGAUUUUUUGUUCCUGGAGGCGGGGGCUGAUCUAGUUUUGGCCAAGAAAGCAAUCUUCCUGUAUUAUCUCAUUGACCGCUUCUACCAGGGAGGGCAGAGUGAAGGACAGCAGCGGUGGCGGGGGCUGGUGGAGGACUUUGGAGCGAGCAUGGACGUGGGGGAUGGGCACGUGGUUGAAACAAUGGUGAUGGUGCUGGUGGAUGAAUGCACGGCAGAUGGGCUCGAGGAUGCACUAUACAGGGUUGGUGCUGACUUUGGGGCGAGCAUGGACGUGGGUGAUGGGCACGUGGUUGAAACGAUGGUGAUGGUGCUGCUGGAUGAAGGCACAGAGGAGGGAUUGAAGGAAGCAGUGACUGCGCUGCGAGUGCUUAUAGAGAAUCGGCUCUUAACAGAGGCUUUCCUGUACCUUAGAGCCUACUGCAAUCAACUAAGUAUCAACGACCCCUCCUCUCCUCACCCACUUGCUGACGCUUCUGACUCUGCUGAUGCUGCUGAUGGUUCCGAUGCCGCUGUUGCUGCUACUGUUGGGAGUGCUGAUAACGAAGCAGCCAAGGGUGCUUAUACGGAAGCGGUGGGUGUGCUUGUAUCGGAGCUCUUCUGGCUAGCAGUGAGGCACCAGGCAGUUCCCGAGGUGCUGGCGUUCCCCUGGAGGGGCAGGGAGGGGGCGGUGCUGCAGCGCUGCUUGUUAACCCGCACGGCUCAGCAGCCAGAGGGGGCGUGCGGCACUCUUCUUGUUCUCUUCCAUGUGGAGCGGGUCAUCUGGGGUCAUCUGGGCUCAUGCAAGGAGAGGCAGGGAGGGGGCGGUGCUGCAACGCUGCUUGUUAACCCGCACGGCGCAGCAACCAGAGGGGGCGUGUGGCACCCUUCUCGUUCUCUUCCAUGUGGAGGUGAGCUUGUGUGUGUAGCGGGUCAUCUGGGGUCAUCUGGGCUCAUGCAAGGAGAGGCAGGGAGGGGGCGCGGGUCAUCUGGGGUCAUCUGGGCUCAUGCAAGGAGAGGCAGGGAGGGGGCGGUGCUGCAACGCUGCUUGUUAACCCGCACGGCGCAGCAACCAGAGCGGGCGUGUGGCACCCUUCUCGUUCUCUUCCAUGUGGAGCGGGUCAUCUGGGGUCAUCUGGGCUCAUGCAAGGAGAGGCAGGGAGGGGGCGGUGCUGCAACGCUGCUUGUUAGCCCGCACGGCGCAGCAACCAGAGGGGGCGUGUGGCACCCUUCUCGUUCUCUUCCAUGUGGAGGUGAGCUUGUGUGUGUAGCGGGUCAUCUGGGGUCAUCUGGGCUCAUGCAAGGAGAGGCAGGGAGGGGGCGCGGGUCAUCUGGGGUCAUCUGGGCUCAUGCAAGGAGAGGCAGGGAGGGGGCGGUGCUGCAACGCUGCUUGUUAGCCCGCACGGCGCAGCAACCAGAGGGGGCGUGUGGCACCCUUCUCGUUCUCUUCCAUAUGGAGCGGGUCAUCUGGGGUCAUCUGGGCUCAUGCAAGGAGAGGCAGGGAGGGGGCGGUGCUGCAACGCUGCUUGUUAGCCCGCACGGCGCAGCAACCAGAGGGGGCGUGUGGCACCCUUCUCGUUCUCUUCCAUGUGGAGCGAAAGGAACAAGAAAACGGAGGAGGGGGGCGAAGGGAUUGACAGUUCAGCUGCGCGAGAAGAGGAUAAGGCUGCUGGAGUCUGUACUCCAACUCAUCGCUCCUUCUGAGCGCCAGCAGAUCGUCCAAGCACACGGCGAACCCUCUGCCUUCCCCACCACAACCACCACAGCCAUCCCAGCCAGAACAGAACCAGUCAAACCAGCCACCAAGAACCAUCCCAAAGCAUCCUCCAAAGGUCUUCCCACCACAGCUUUCCCACGCAAGCCCAUGCAGUCAGUUCAGUCGCCCUCUGCCAAGACCUCCUCUCCCAAAGCUGCUCCCUCUCCCCACUUUGGCUCUCCCAUACUUGGGGGCGCGGGGGGUGCAGCAUUCCUCUCAAACUCCCCCCUCUCGUUCCCGAAAUCCUCUAGCAAAUCUCAACAGCAGCAGCAGCAGCAGCAGCAGCAGCAGCCAUUGUCGCUCUUCUCCUUUCCCCCAGCUCCCGUCUCCCCUCCUCCUUUCACUUCAACUACCACCGCUGCCCCCACUGCUCCCACUGCUCCCGGCCAAUCAGAGCUCCCGCUCCAGCGCAAACUUUUCGGAUCCGGGCAGUUCGGGCAGCAAGGGCCCGUAGGCGCCGGCCCAGCGCCCUUAGCAAGAGGGGCAACAGCGCCAGUACCCCUGGGAAAUGCGCAGGUGUUGCAUCAGAACCCCCUGUUUGGCAUGCGGGUGUCUCAAGACGGUUCAGAGCCUGAUACUACACAGUCACAGGAGGCGGGGGCUAGGAGUGGGGCAGCUGGAGGGUUGAGUGGUGGGGCUGGUGAUAAAGGGCUGAGUGCUGCUGCUGCUGGUUCUGCUGCUGCUGCAACAACCUCUGCUGCUGCUGCUGCUGCUGCUGCCGGUCCUGCUGGUUCGGCAGCCCCGUUGUUUGGUUCGGGAAGCAGUUUGUUCGGAGGAGGCGGCCAAUCAGGAGGAAGCGCUUUGUUUGGUGGAGGUGGGGUGCCUUCGUUCGGCAAACCCAAGGGCGUGGGUCAUUUUACCACCAGCAGCAACGAGCCUGCUGCAGCUUUCAAGGACUCGGUUGGUGUGUUCAGCUCCUCUGUAGCUACUGCUUCUGCUGCUGCUGGGCAGCCGUCUCCCUUCCCUUCCCCUCCACCAUUCAACUUUGCAAACCCAACGGGCACGAUGGCAACGUUUGGAAAGCCUUCUGGGUCAGCUGCAGCACCGAAUCCCUUUCAGAAGUAA